AUGUCGGUCAGGCUGGUGUACAAAUCGGUAAUGCAUGUUGUGAGUACUGGUUUGAUCCAGUAUGAGUAUGCGUUGUUGAUUUUGGGUCGUCGACGUGGUCAUAUAGGGGAAUUAUACACGCUGGAACAUGGCAUGAGUCCUGACGGUCGUUUCCUCGAUGGCGCACAUAAACCAGACAGUGAUCCUUCGACAUUCUUUGCUGAAACUGGAUCAGGGAAACAUGUUCCGCGCUCGCUUUACAUCGACCUUGAACCUGGGGUCAUAGAUGAAGUGAAGACCGGUCCUUACAAGGCGCUCUUCCAUCCCGAGGGCAUGAUCACUGGAAAAGAGGAUGCUGCGAACAACUAUGCUCGCGGACAUUAUACGGUCGGGAAAGAAAUCAUUGAUCCAGUCAUGGACAAGAUUCGCCGUCUCGCAGAUAAUUGUUCCGGUCUUCAGGGUUUCUUCGUCUUCCACUCAUUCGGUGGAGGAACUGGCUCCGGUUUGGGUGCUCUGCUCCUUGAGCAUCUUGCCGCAGAUUAUGGGAAAAAAUCAAAGUUAGAAUUCUGUGUCUACCCUGCCCCGCAGCUGUCAAGCUCUGUUGUUGAGCCCUACAAUUCGGUGCUCACAACCCAUGCGACGCUAGAGUACUGCGACUGCUCGUUCAUGGUGGACAACGAGGCCAUCUAUGAUAUUUGCAAAACCAAGUUAGGCGUUGCACGGCCGAGCUUCCCUAACUUGAACAGGCUCAUUGCUCAAGUGGUAUCCUCAAUUACUGCUUCAAUUCGUUUUGGUGGUUCUCUCAACGUCGAUCUUAACGAGUUCCAAACGAACCUUGUGCCGUUCCCUCGUAUCCAUUUUCCUGUCGCAACCUAUGCACCGCUUAUCUCUGCGGAGAAGGCUAGCCAUGAGCAAAACUCAGUGGCAGACAUGACGUUCUCUUGCUUUGAGACAGGUAACCAGAUGGUUAAGUGUGACCCCAAAGAGGGCAAAUACAUGGCAUGUGCACUUCUCUACCGUGGUGAUGUCGUCCCCAAGGUUGUACAAGCCGCCAUCAGCACUGUGAAAACGAAGAAGACCAUUCAAUUUGUCGAUUGGUGCAAAACUGCAUUCAAGCUGGGCAUUUGCAGCGAGCCCGCUGCUACUGUUCCUGGGGGCGACUUAGCGCAGAACACUCGCAGCUUGUGCAUGCUUUCUAACACCACCGCCAUUUCUGCGGCUUGGAGCCGCUUAGAUUACAAAUUUGACCUCAUGUACUCUAAGCGCGCCUUUGUGCAUUGGUACGUAGGUGAAGGUAUGGAAGAGGGCGAGUUCUCGGAGGCGCGUGAAGACCUUGCUGCAUUGGAAAAAGAUUAUGAGGAAGUCGGCGCUGACACUCCCGAAGACGAGGAACCUGCCGAAUACUGA